AUGAGUUCUUCACCAAAACAGACGCAUCUGCGGUCACCGGUGAUCCUUCUAAAAUCUCCUGUUCUCCCAGGGGGGCUGAUUCGGUCGCUAAGACCCAAGGACUCUCAUGUCGAUCUGCCCAGCGAGCAGGUUGUUGAGGAUGUCGUGGAUAUCAUCAAAACAGAGGAGCGCAGAAACUGGAUCAAAGGACUUCUCUAUCUGUUCCUGACAGUGGCAACCUGGGUGUUUGGACUGCAGCUCACAAACAAUGUUCUGAAAGGAGACUCGUAUCAGCACCCCCUGUUUGUGGCAUACAUAAAUGGAGGUCUUUUUGUUAUGUUUGGGAUCAAGCCCGCACUUAAGAGUCUGAUCAAUGCUUUUGCAGCCUCUGAGCCUAAACUGGACAAUUCUGUCUUCAAUUCCUACGAUUCUUGCGGCUCUUCAAGCAUAGUUCUCCACGCUCCUUCCACGAACCUCUCGCUCCAAGAGCUGAUAAUUGUUGCGGUCCAGGCUGGCCUUAUUUAUUAUGCAAACGCUGCAUUGGGCGCAAUCGCUUUACAGUAUACAAGCGCGUCCAACCAAACGAUUCUCACAACCACAAGCUCCGUAUUCACGCUUCUGCUCAGUUAUAUAUGUGGUGUCGACACAUUGUCCCUGGGCAAGAUCGUUUCUGUCCUCGUGAGCAUCGCAGGAAUUUGCUUGAUUACGCUCAACAGCACGCCGUCUUCUGAAUCCACGCCCGUCAACUCCAUGCUGGGCAAUUGCAUUGCCCUUUGUGGGACGUUUCUCUAUUCUUGCUACCUAGUCCUUUUGAGAGUGAAGAUAGGCAAAGAGACAAGCCCGGACAACGAAAAGCUUAUCUUUGGUUUUUUGGGACUCAGCAUUCUCAUAUUGGCAUGCCCGGUGCUUCUGAUCGCAAACUUUCUUGGAUUCGAGAAUCUAUCUCUCCCAGAUAGCUCCACAAUCUUUUGGAUUGUCUUUAUUGGAGGGCUUUUCAACUGUCUCUCGGACUAUUUUUCAAUCCUCGCAACCUUGUUGACAUCUCCGCUGAUCACCGCAUUGUCGCUCUCCACCGCAAUUCCCGUCAACAUGAUUUGCGACUCUGUAUUCUAUAAAGUCAAAAGCACGUCAGCUAGGUAUUAUCUUGGCAUUAUCCUCAUUUUCUCCUCGUUUGUCUUUGCUAAUCUAUCCAACGAGGACGAGGUCGUACAGGAGGCUAUUGAGGAGGCCAUUGAAGAGGCUAUUCAGAACGACGAGCUGCUUUCUCCAUUCUUGUCGCCGUAUCUGCAGCAGCACGGCCGUAUGGAUGACGUUCCAAAAAUGAACAUCAACACUUCACAAAGAACAGGCCCCCCUGCCCAGGUGGUAGUUGCAGGAGGACAUAACCACAGAUACUUCAUCAGAGAGAUUCCACCGAGUUGA